UGACUAUAGGCCACACAUGUUGAAUGAAUGUGACAUGAAUUUAGAGUGAGAUUAAUUUAAAUACUCCUGUUGUUGUUUUUUUUAUUUGUCAUCUUUGAAAGGUGGAAGGUCUCUGAGGCAGGACAGCGCUGUGAUCAAGGUAAAUGCCAUAGUUUGUCCUAGCAUGGCCCUCUUGCAGAAGCUGAAGUCCCAGUUUGUGUGCCAGAUGAUCAUCUGGUAUGUGUUCCUGGUCAGCGGCUUCAUUAUCAACCUGUUGCAGAUCUGUACUCUACCUCUCUGGCUGGUCAGUAAGCAGCUGGCCCGCAGGAUCAACAUCAGACUGGGCUAUUGCAUCAGCAGCCAGAUGGUAGCUGCCCUGGAGUGGUGGUCUGGGACAGAAUGCACGCUCUACACAGACCCAAAGAGUUAUCCACUCUACGGAAAUGAGAAUGCAAUUGUGGUUCUCAACCACAGUCAUGAGAUCGACUUCCUGUGUGGCUGGACCUAUUGUGACAGAUUCGGAGUUCUUGGGAGCUCCAAAGUGUUAGCCAAAAAAGAGUUAAGUUAUGUACCUGUUAUAGGCUGGAUGUGGUACUUUCUGGAGAUAGUUUUCUGCAAGAGGAAGUGGGAGGAGGACCGAAGGACGGUGGCUCAGAGUCUUCAGAACCUGCGGGACUACCCAGAAAACUACUGGUUCUUGCUUUUCUGCGAAGGAACACGCUUCACACCAAAGAAGCACCAGAUUAGCAUGCAGGUGGCUGAGAGCAAAGGUUUACCCAAACUAAAGUAUCAUCUUCUGCCCAGAACCAAAGGAUUCUGGGUAACUGUUCAAAACCUCAGAGGAACUGUGGCAGCUGUUUAUGAUUCCACACUGAACUUCAGAAACAAUGAAGCCCCAACCUUGCUCGGAGUUCUUAAUGGGAUGAAAUAUCACGCAGAUUUAUAUGUGAGGAGAAUCCCUCUGGAGCUGAUCCCAGAAGAUGAGGCGGAGUGUGCCGCUUGGCUCCACAAACUCUACCAGGAAAAGGAUAGCUUUCAGGAGCACUACAAACAAACAGGGCGUUUCCCUGGUCCCACAGUGAGCCCUCCACAGCGACCAUGGGCCUUGAUCAACUGGCUGUUCUGGGCCUGCUUGCUCCUCUACCCGCUGGGCCUGCUACUUGCUCAACUGAUCAGCACUGCAUCGAUGAUGACCAUCUUAGCAUCUGUGGCUCUCUGCUAUGCAGUUUCACUGGGAGUUCGCUGGAUGAUUGGCCAGACUGAGACUGACAGAGGCUCAAGCUAUGGGAGUAAGGAAGUUCCUCUAAACAACAACUAGUGGAAACACCCAUCUGACAGGACUCGUCCAGCAAGUUCAACCUUGUUUCUAAGCACAAUUCAGUCUCGACUUUACGUUCCCCAACAGAACUUCAAGAUCAGAUCAUGAAACUGGACCAUGGUGGACAGUUUUGUGUGGUAACCUUAUGAUAAGAAUGUAAGGCUAAAUUAAAUAUGGCGUAACUACAUUCUCCUUAAAUCAAAGUGUAAAUGUUUGAAUGCAGUCAAGAGAUUUCUCCUGGUAACCAAAGUCAACUUAACCAAGUGUAAAAUGGACUACCUCUUUGAUUGUUAUGUAAAGCAUAAAUUACAUUUUUCAUGUUGGAAGAAAAUACACAUUUCCCUUUUUUUUUAAACAUGGGUUUAUUAAUAUUGUUAGUACACUGUAUAAGAGGAGCAUAAGUGGUGGUGUGAAAAAAUUACAUAUACAAAAUCCUUAUUUAAGUGAUAAAUGAUGUACUGUGAGUAUUAGAUUACUUGGUAAGCAGGAAGGCUUUAAAAUAGAUGCUAAAGCAAUAUCUCACCUCGGAUUUUACAUAAUUUUACAUGCCUAUACACGUGCCUCUGCAAGUUGAGAUCACUCAGGAAAAAGUCCUUGCAUUGAGUGAAUAGAAAACACUUCUCUGUUGCAUAACAUUAACACUCCACGUAUGAGCGACAACUGAUACAAUACUGUAAUGCCUCUCUUUAUGAUAGGAAAAACUGAGAGACAAUAACUUAGAGAGUACGCCUGUCUCUUACCUCAAUCAUUGGAGACUCAAAAUCCUACUUGCAGCAUCAAAGAAGAAAA